GCUCGCCUUCCAGGUAGGCGAGCGAGCAAAUUGUCCGCUCGGAAUGGGGAAUUAUGUCAUUGCCGCGGAGGGACGCCUUCCAAGAGCGUUUCCUCCGCUGGCUGAUUGACAGGCCUCGCAUGCGCGAGGAGCCUAUAUAAAGCAGGCGAGCCGAGCGCCGCUUUGAAAGGCAGCCCGGCUAAGAGGCGAAGCGGGUUUUUUGCGCGCACCUCCCCGGCCGAGGACUUGCCCUUACAGGGAGCUGACUUGGCUUCGCGCUCUCGCCACGGGACUUUGGAAACUCGCCGCCUGCUUGGAGUUGCAUUGGGAAGCGGCAGCUCUCAAGAGCAUCGCGGGGGACGUGCAUGCCAGGCAUUAUGCAGGACAGGAGCUGGCUGUUGUGGCUGACGAUCUUGCUAGCUUUGUGGAUUUCCUCAGAGGCUCAAGAUGAUGGCCAAGAGGAUGAGUCCACUUUUGACUUGCUGCAAAUAAGCAACAUAAACAGGAAGACAAUUGGAGCAAAAGUAUUUCGGGGCAGCAAUUCCAGCCUCCCAGCAUACCGCUUCAUCCGGUUUGAUCACAUACCUCCAGUUAACUCGGAGAAAUUAAAGCAGAUUAUUAAACUGAUCCAGCGAAACGAGGGCUUCCUUCUUGUAGCCACCUUCAGGCAGGACAGGCUGGCCAGGGGCACCCUCUUGGCACUGGAAGGCCCUGGCACCGCUCAGCGCCAGUUUGAGAUUGUUUCCAAUGGCCGAGAAAAUUCACUCGAACUUUCCUAUUGGAUAGAUGGCUUCCGGAAGAAGUAUCUUUUGGAAGACGUGGACCUAGCCGAUUCACUAUGGAAGAACAUCACAGUACAAGUAGCUGGGGAAAACUACAGUCUCUAUGUUGGUUGCGACCUCAUUGACAGUGUGAGCCUGGAGGAGCCUUUCUAUGAAAACCUGAAAGCCGAGAAAAGUAGAAUGUAUGUGACAAAAGGAUCUGCCAGAGAAACUCACUUUCGGGGUCUCCUCCAAAAUAUUCAUUUAGUUUUUGGAACAUCAAUAGAGGAUGUCUUGCGCAGCAAAGGAUGCCUGAGGAGCCAGUCCGCUGAAGUGAACACAAUCAACGAGAGCACUGAGAUCCUUCACCUUCCUUCUGUCAUGACAGAGUAUGUUGGUGAAAACACAGAGAAAAAGGCAGAAUUCUGUGAUCGCUCUUGUGAAGAGCUAGGGUCUAUGUUUACGGAACUCACUGGACUGCGUAUUGUUGUCAACAGCUUAACAGAAAAGUUAGAAAAAGUGUCUGAGGUGAAUGAGAAAAUUGUGUCGGAAUUGCUUGGCCCCAACAAAACACUCAAGAACCAGUCGGCUUGCUGGCAAGAUGGCCGUGAGUUUAUGAAUAAUUCGCAUUGGGUUGUGGACAGCUGCACGAAAUGUCACUGCCAGAACUCUAAAACGAUAUGCAAUAAAAUCACAUGCCCAGCUGUUCACUGUGUCAGCCCCACUUUUAUUGAUGGCGAGUGCUGCCCUGUCUGCUCUCACUCUGACGACAGUGAAGAAGGCUGGUCACCCUGGUCUGAAUGGACAGAAUGCUCUGUCACUUGUGGAUCUGGAACCCAGCAACGAGGAAGGUCAUGCGAUGUCACCAGCAAUACUUGCCGAGGGCCCUCCAUUCAAACAAGAACCUGUUCCCUCGGGAAAUGCGACAAUCGCAUACGGCAAGAUGGCGGCUGGAGCCACUGGUCCCCUUGGUCUUCCUGUUCUGUGACCUGCGGGGUAGGCAACAUAACUCGCAUACGUCUCUGCAAUUCCCCCAUCCCACAGAUGGGUGGGAAAGGCUGCAAAGGAAGCGGAAGGGAAACAAAAGAAUGUGAAGGAGUCCCAUGUCCGAUCAAUGGUCGAUGGAGCCCUUGGUCUCCUUGGUCUGCAUGCACUGUUACCUGUGGCGGAGGCAUUCGGGAAAGAUCUCGUCUCUGCAACAGCCCAGAGCCUCAGUAUGGUGGAAAGGCAUGUAUGGGAGAUGUCAUACAGCAUGAUAUGUGCAACAAACAGGAUUGUCCAAUAGAUGGAUGUUUGUCAAACCCUUGCUUUCCUGGAGCAGAAUGCAACAGCUUCCCGGAUGGUUCUUGGUCCUGUGGUGCAUGUCCUGCUGGUUACCUUGGAAACGGAACAGUCUGCGAAGACCUUGAUGAGUGUGCAGUAGUGCCAGACGUUUGCUUUAAGUUAAAUCAGAACCACCGUUGUGUAAACACCAAUCCUGGAUUCCAUUGCUUGCCAUGCCCUCCUCGCUACAAAGGAAGUCAGCCUUAUGGGGUGGGCCUAGAGGCUGCCAAGAAAGAAAAACAAGUAUGUGAACCUGCCAAUCCUUGCAAAGACAAGACACACAACUGUCACAGGUCAGCCGAGUGCAUCUACCUUGGGCAUUUCAGUGACCCCAUGUACAAGUGUGAAUGUAGGACAGGCUAUGCUGGUGAUGGAUUCAUUUGUGGUGAAGAUUCUGAUCUGGAUGGAUGGCCCAAUCAUAACUUGGUCUGUGCUGCCAAUGCAACUUAUCACUGCAUAAAAGAUAACUGUCCUCUUCUGCCUAAUUCUGGACAAGAAGACUUCGAUAAAGAUGGAAAGGGAGACGCCUGUGAUGAGGAUGAUGAUAACGAUGGUGUUGAGGAUGAUAAAGACAACUGCCCCCUGAUUUUUAAUCCUCGUCAGUUUGAUUAUGACAAGGACGAAGUUGGUGACCGUUGUGAUAAUUGCCCCUAUGUGCACAAUCCUGCUCAGAUUGACACCGAUAAUAAUGGAGAGGGUGAUGCAUGUGCGGUGGAUAUUGAUGGCGAUGAUGUUUUCAAUGAACGCGAUAACUGCCCAUAUGUCUACAACACAGACCAGAGAGAUACAGAUGGAGACGGAGUUGGUGAUCACUGCGAUAACUGCCCACUGGUGCACAAUCCUGAUCAGACUGAUGUGGACAAUGACCUGGUUGGUGAUCAGUGUGACAACAAUCAAGACAUAGAUGAAGAUGGCCACCAGAAUAACAAAGACAAUUGUCCGUACAUUUCCAAUGCCAAUCAGGCUGACCAUGACAAAGAUGGUAAAGGGGAUGCUUGUGAUUCUGAUGAUGACAACGAUGGCAUCCCAGACGACCGGGACAACUGCCGACUCACAUACAACCCUGACCAGAAGGAUUCCGAUGGUGAUGGCCGAGGUGACAUCUGCAAAGAUGACUUUGACAAUGACAAAGUCCCAGAUAUUUUUGAUGUUUGUCCUGAAAAUGAUGCCAUUAGUGAAACUGAUUUCAGAAAGUUCCAGAUGGUCCCAUUGGAUCCUAAAGGAACAGCUCAGAUUGACCCAAAUUGGGUUAUUCGACAUCAGGGCAAAGAACUCGUACAGACGGCUAACUCAGAUCCUGGCAUAGCUGUAGGUUAUGAUGAGUUCAGUUCUGUUGACUUCAGUGGUACGUUCUAUGUCAACACAGACCGGGAUGAUGACUAUGCUGGGUUUGUCUUUGGCUACCAGUCCAGCAGUCGCUUCUAUGUCCUGAUGUGGAAACAAAUUUCCCAGACAUAUUGGGAGGACAAGCCCACCAGAGCUUAUGGUUACUCAGGGGUAUCACUUAAAGUAGUGAACUCUACAACUGGCACUGGCGAACAUUUGAGAAAUGCCCUUUGGCAUACAGGAAACACACCUGGACAGGUGCGUACCUUGUGGCACGACCCCAAGAAUAUCGGCUGGAAAGAUUACACUGCUUACAGGUGGCAUUUGGUCCACAGGCCUAAGACGGGAUUAAUAAAGGUUUUAGUGUACGAAGGAAAGCAGGUCAUGGCAGACUCUGGACCAAUCUAUGACAAAACCUAUGCUGGUGGGCGAUUAGGUCUUUUUGUCUUUUCACAAGAGAUGGUAUACUUCUCUGACCUCAAGUAUGAAUGCAAAGAUGUCUGAGGUAAAGCUGCUGCAAAACCAGCGAAGUACUGUAGAUGCCGUUCAACUAGACACCUCUGUUCAUCCUGGUACUCCAAAUCCCUCACUUAUUUUUCAACUCUGGCAUGUUCCCCAGACCUUGUGCCUCCCUGCAGCCAGGAGAAAUCCCUCCGAUUCUACACCCCAGUGCCUUCUCAGAGCUUGGACUGACAGGGCCUAAAUGUGACCAUCAAACCAACCACGGAAGCAAAAACUGAUUGACGUAUAGAGUGAAAACUUGGCAGACAAAUUUAUUCAGUCAUUUGUUUAGGGUUGUUGUUGUUUUUAAAAUGACGUUUACAUAUAAAGUGUAAAAGUGUAAUUACUUAAUGUAUUUAUAUGGAUAUAGAUAUGGAAGAAUGUGAGGGGGAUAUUCUUACAUCAAGAGGGAGGAAGUGGUUGUAAGUAAGACCACUUCUUCAGGCCACAUUACUUGCUCAGAUCAGGGCUGGGCCUUGGUGACACAAAAUCUGGGAGAUAUAGUUCAUCAAAACUGAGAAGGACCAAACCCUAAAUAUCCUACUCAUUUAAGAAGCCAUGGAAAACUAAGGCAACGGCCACCCAAGAAGAUGGCUCCACAAACUUCAAAUUUUACUAAUCUUCUAACAGCGUUUUAGGUAAGCCACAUGCUUGAAGUUUAAAAUAAUGCUUCUCUUCUAAUGACAAAUACCAGCACGUGAGCAGGCUGCAGAGAGAAUGAUGACAGCUUAACAUCCAAUAGGGCUCUUGAGAUCUUGUAUCCAAUUCUGUUUUAAAGAAGUGAAUUUGGAAUUAUUCUCCUGGGGGCAUACAAAUUAAAAUGCCAGUUAUUUCAGGGUUGUUCAUUCAAGUAUGUGGAUAUCAGGGAAUCUUGAUACCUCAUGAGCAGGAGCUGGCAGGCAUCUAGUAUCCUACUCACAUAUAAUUUUGUGGGGAGUGGAGCAGGGAAGCUGCAUCAACAACCCAACAUUAUUAAAUGUUUAUUUUGCAUGUCUCCAAAGUAAUACUUCUAGUGGAAGUGCUGCAGCUCAGAGGUAAAGCAUGUGUGUUACAUGCAAAAGAUCCCAGGUUCAUGCCCCAGAAUCUUUGGGUAGGACAUCUGAGUCACUGGUGAGCAACCUACCAGUGUAGACAAUACGGAUGUAGAUGGACCAAUGGUCUGAUUUAGUACAAGGCAUCUUCAUAUGCUACACUCUGGAGGAAACUGGCAUUA